CAGCGAAGAAGACGAAGAAGAAGGUCCUCGUUAUUGAAAUACAGUGUGUAGCGACCAGCUAAACUAAUGGAAGUAUCCCGGUAGCCGCUUGUAAAUCUCAACAUUUCUUAUCAACUUAUGAUCUAUUUAUGACACACCGCACUCAGAAAGACGCUUAACGUUUGAUAAAGGAAACUAGGUGGGAAAAUGUCAGAGAACCGCUAGCUAAGUUCGCUAACGUGAGGCUACUGCAAAGGGAUGCUAGUUAGCUAGCUUGAGCACCGCAAUCAUGAGCGAAGAAGACAACUCGGCAUCCGCAAAUAAAGACAAAGACUCGACUUUCCUGCUCACUAAAGACGGACAGAGGUACUACGUGAGUAAAGGCGGAGUCGUGGACAGCAGAAAUGUGAUAACGCCCCACGAACCGGAGAACAACGUCUCCUCCUACGACAUGGACGAUCCGGACGAGGAGAGCGACGUUCUGGACACUUCGGAUCCCAGAGACAGCGCCGCCAGCCCGGAGGAGCUCAACGACGAGGAGACCUCGGAGGGAGACAAUGCCCCCAAACAGUGCACCUACGAGGGAUGCAAAGAGACGACGACUCAGGUGGCCAAGCAGAGGAAACCCUGGAUGUGCAAAAAGCACCGCAACAAAAUGUACAAGGACAAGUACAAGAAGAAGAAGAGUGAUCAGGCCAUGUCCAGUGGAAAACUUGAUGAGAACUCUGAGGAGCGGCCUGUGUCUGUUAACAAACAGCGUCUGGGUGCCAUGGGAGACCGUCCUGCCAGACCUUCUCUGAUAGAGCAGGUCCUCAACCAGAAAAGACUGUCUCUGCUCAGGAGUCCGGAGGUGAUCAGCUUCCUGCAGCAACAGCAGCAGCUUCUGGCCACACAGAGCCGUAGCCAAUCACAGCAGCAGUUCCAGGGCUGCUGACGCUGGCGGGACAGUGUUUGACAUCAGUAUUUGUAAUGCAAAGAGAGCACUGAAGAAACACACAGUCUGGCGCCUGAUGUAUAAAUGGAUAACAACCGCACAUUGUAAGCACGAAUUCGUCCAAUCAGACAGCCACAAAAGAAGAAAAAGGUAAUCGAAUGGUGUUUUGUUUUUUUUACGUGUUGAGACUUAUGCACUAAACUAGGUUAACUUAUAGAAAUGCAUCUCAAAAUGUGGAUUUCAUGAAGUAGCACACUGACCAUGUAAUUUAACCAUAUCCGGUGCUGUUUGGGGGUUAUAUUUUUCUAAAUACAAGCCAACUCUUUUAGCCAUUGUCAGUUUACGUUUUAGUUGUGAAGUCCUUGUCUUUAUGUUAGUUAUCUUGAUAAUAACGAAGGCCAAGGUUUAAACUUGUCCGGUCAAAGUUGUUCGAUUUAGUUCUUGCCCAAAUAAUCCUGAGGUCAGUUUGAUCAUUGCUGAAAAAAACUUGAGUUUCACUGUGUUUAAGUAUCUUUUAUAUGCUACUUUUAAGGCCAUUUCACCUUCGUUCUUGACUAAUGUUUGCUCUGUUUUCAAUGUUUUCUCUUUAAGUGUUGUUACAUGUGACAAUCAAUUGUGUAAUGCACGUCUUUUCAGCCGAGUGGAGCUUUUAGGACUUGUUUUUAACACAUGGUUUUGUAUGUCUGUUGCACAAACAGUAAAUCAUGACUGAAUACAAGCUAAAUUUUGUUGGGAUGAAUGUUACGCAUGUCAGCUCUGUUUGCUUUGUAUUUAAGUUCCAGUGUGUGUCCCCUACUGUGAAUAUGAGAUUAAAGAUAUGUUACCAUUUA